AUGCUGUGCAACCCUCCCCUGUCCCUUUUUCUCCUUUUUGACUGCGACGUGCAUUUCACCAUGACGCUCAACGGGCGGUUUCUUCUUCUGGGGACGUUAUGCCUGCUAUACGAUACAGCAGCCGCCCAGACCUUCGGCUCUGUUCUCACAAGUGCGCCAAAAUGUGCUGUCGACUGCCUAAUCGGGCUUAUAAGCCAGAAGGAAUAUGCAGAGAUGGGACAAGACGCGAUUUGCCAUAGCAAGCCGUUUGCGAAUGCGAUUGGGGAUUGCUUGAUAGCGGAGUGCUCGAUGAGACAGACCAUGGGUGAGUUGUUCGGGCUUGUACAGUUGGGGAAGCUGACAUGUGGGAAAAAAGACUUCAUCAAAGAGUCAUCGUCAGUAUGCGGGACGCCGCCGAUCAAUCUGACGCGGGAAUACCGAUUGAGCAGUAGUAUCAUAUUUGCUAUUGCUCUUGUAUUCUUCGCUUUACGAAUUGGCACCCAAGUCAAAUUGGGACUGAUAUGGGGAAUGGAUGAUACCCUAACCACUCUAUCGGUUGCCUUCUUGAUUCCUUUUUACGUCGUAUUACAGAUCAUGAUUUCGCUGGGGUUGGGCCUUGAUAUGUGGUUUCUCACUGAUAGGCAGAUCAUAAUGACUUUCAAGUGUUUCAUAGUUAUCGAGAUCCUCUACUUGACUGCAUUAGUCCUCGUCAAAGCAGCAAUAUUAUGCUUCUUUCUCCGGAUCUUUCCGGACAACAAGUUCAGGAUAAUGGUCAAAUGCACCAUGGUCUUCAACGUCUUAGUCGGAGUCGCCUUUUUCAUCUAUGUGUUCUUCCAGACACAGCCAUUCUCGCUAUUCUGGGAGGGUUGGCAGCAGAAGAAAGGCGAUCUCAUCAUGGCUGGAAUAACUCAUUUUACUCUACCACACGCGGGACUGAAUCUGUUGCUGGAUAUAUGGAUGCUUAUCUUGCCGAUGACACAAUUGUGGGAGCUGGGAUUGAAGCUUAGAAAGAAGCUUGGUGUCAUCAGCAUGUUUAGUGUUGGGAUAUUUCUCACCAUUGUCGCUGCGAUAAGAGUUCGCGAACUUGUAAUUUUUCUACGCUCUGCAGAUUUAACAGUCGUGAAUGCACAAUCAGCGGUCAUCUGGUCUGUCGUGGAGAUAUCCGUUGGUGUCAUGGUUGCCUGCAUGCCUCAUAUUCGCCAUCUCGUGAGCCAUAUAAUGUCACGAAAAAGAGCAAGGAAGGGCACAGAAGCAAAACACAAGAACCGAAAAAUCUUUGUCGAUCGAUCGCUUGCAGCUAUCGAUGUGGGGGACUCGCAGGCCAUUGAACUGCACGAUGAAGGUGGACUUUUAAAGGGAAAUACGACAGCUCCAUCAACGACAAGAGUUGGGACAAAAGACAGCAGAACCCAUGGGUCAGUCAGCUUUGCAAGCGAUGCAGAUACUCAAGUGUAG